CUCAGCCUCGCCUCCCUAACGUUGUCUUCAAACUACUCAGCCUGAGCUGCCCCCCCCUGAUGUGCUCAUUUGUAACCCAGUCCUGGUCGCUCCUAAUGAAACACUCCCCAUCUUCAGCUCUGCCUCUUAUCUUUUUGUAGCAGCAUCCUGUGACACCUGGGAGCAGGAAGGAGACGAGAAGCCGCUCAGCGCCAGGUCCUGUUAAUGAAAGCAAGGCAUCGAGCGACUCCUCGCUGAGCGGAGACGUGUUUACCAAAGCUGACGGAGCAGACGGAGGGAGCCCAAACCGCCGACAGUGAUGGGUCCACCAGUCAGGCAGAGCAUCAAUGAAGCUCAGAUGCUAAGCAGAUUUGUGGCCGAGGGAGUUAUGUGGGCUGACAAAAGGACCCAACUUCUGACACAGUAGGCUGUAAUCACACACUCGCUCUCUCACACUCACACACUUCUAAUUUCCUAGAUUAAGAAUGUAUAUGCUGCGUAUGUUUCCGUGUCUCCCACCAUGAAAUGUGGCUGUGUGAGGAUCCUCCUGAGCUCCUUAGCCUCCAUGUUCUCUGGAUAGCAGGCGAUGGUUUCCAGUACCUGCAGAGAAAACGGGACUAUUAAUGGAGCAGCAUUAGAAGUUUGAUGGAGGAAAAUACAUGCUGGACUGCCGUACGCUCACACUCCUCUGCACAUUCCUACACAUUCACAGCUGUGCCGGAUCUCCUGUGGAAGGAUUAUUGAUGAUCCUAAUGUUUAACAGCCCUGAGCCACAAUGAAUACUUCUUUCACACCAGCGCUUCCAGCCUCCGCACUGUUAAACACAUCUCUCCCUAUGUCUACUUCACUUCUGCCCAUCUCCAUGUCAUCCACCUCUCUUGCUCCUUUCUCCACCUCAAACUAUUCAGCGGUCUCUACAACUCCGUCUACAUGCUCAUUUAAUGAUGAAGGCCUCCGUCUCCUGCUGGCAGUGGCAUACUCCCUUUUCUUCAUCUUUGGACUUGUGGGUAACCUCUUUGCUCUGUGGGUCUUCCUGUUCCUGCAUUCAAGCCAAAACUCAGUGCGGGUGUUCCUCAUCAACUGCGCAGUGGCUGAUCUGGUCCUCCUGGCAUGCUUGCCCUUUAGGGUCUUCUUCCAUAUUAAUGGAAACAUUUGGACAUUGGGACCUUUAGCCUGUAAGGUGGUGGGAAAUUUAUUUUACAUGAACAUGUAUAUGAGUAUAUUUUUACUCGGCCUCAUCAGCCUGGAUAGGUACUUGAGACUGAAGGGGACAGGCAGAGCACGGAGAGGCCUAAGACUCAGGCUGUGGGGGUACAGUAAGCCAUGGAGCUGGGUGGCAUGUGGGGUUCUGUGGAUUGGGUUCCUGGUGGGAGUGGUGCCCAUGAUUGCAGGAGCAGAGGAUAAAGAAACCAGCGAUCAAUGCUUUCAGUACAAAAAGCGACACAAAGCCAAAGGGAAAGCCUACGUCAACGCAGGGCUGGUGGCGAUGUUCUGGCUCAUCUUCAUCAUCCUCGUGGUUUCCUAUGCCAAGAUUGCCUCCCAGCUGCAGCAGGUGUCACGGGACAAGCCGGACCUUCCUAACGCGCAGAGAUACAGACGAACUGCCAAGAAGUCCUUCUUUGUCCUCUUUCUGUUCACCGUCUGCUUCGCGCCUUACCACGCCUUUCGCCCUUUCUACAUCCACUCCCAAGUGAGUGAAAACUUAUCCUGUUACUACCAGCAAAUAAUGGACCGAACCAAUGAGGUGAUGCUGUUGUUCUCUGCCUUUAAUAGUUGCUUGGAUCCUAUCAUGUACUUUUUGUUAUCCGGCUCUGUGCGUAAAACUGCCCUCCAGGCAAUUGGAAGCAGACUUGGCAACCGGCUUCUCUUCCUUAAUGACGGAACAUCUAACAGCUCCACAAUGGAUUUCAGACGCCCGUCUAUGCCGGUGGUUUUACCUGACCCUGCUGUAAACACUCAUUCGCUCACCCCCCGAACCAGUAUGUGUGUCAUCAACUCUAACCUCCACUGCAUUAGAGCGACUACGCUUCCACCUGCUGGCCAACAGUGAUCAAAAACGCAAACCUAACAUUUCCGUUUAACUUCUUUUGUUACAUAUUAAUUCCUUGUUUUUAACUAUUGAGAUUAACAGUGAUGUAUUUUGAACAAGUUAUGGCUGAAGACAAUAUCCUACAGCCCAAGAAAUGUAUCUUUAGAUUGCUUUAAAUGCUUUGUUUUGUUUUUUUCCUCUUCUUCUUUUGGACCAACAUCCAAUAUAAGAAAGAAAAAACAUAUAUAUAUAUUAACUAUGGAUCAUGCAAAUUUACUGCAGUAAAGUCUGCUCAUAAAUUCUGGGAUAAAAAUUUUUUUUUUUAAAAAAAAGCAGUUUUUUAGGCUAAAAUUGUGCAAUUAUUUAGUAUUUUGGAGUAAAUUAAAUGUAAAUAAAGUAUUUUUACAUUUA